CAGAUUUCUGUGCCUGAUGAGAACAGACGAGACAACAAUGCCCUUUACAACCCUAUGACAUUGGCGGAAGUUCAAGGCAACUAUAGUCAGGUCAGUAGAAGGAUUCAACAAGGGAUUUCUAUUUCAUUCAUUAUGAAAUAAAGAAGUAGCAAUUGAAAACUUUUGACUUUUUAAACUGAAUUUAAAUUUUCAAGGUACUUGAAACUAGAUUAAAAAUAAUCGUUCAAAUGUCAUUUAAUUAUAUACACAAUCUGUGGCAAUCAUAGAUAUGUUUCUAGUUGUUUUGAUUGAAUUAAAUUUUUGAAAAUGACUUGGACUAGUCAGAGCAGUGGUCCGUAAAUGGCGGUCCGUGGACCUUCACAGGUCCGCAUGCCUAACACUGCCGGUCCCCAUAACAUAAAUAUUUAUUGUCAAAUAGAAAUAAAAAGUUUGAACACAGUAUGAAGAAUUCGUAUUUGAAUACUUUUUUUUUUCAAUUAGAGCAACACUAAAGUUUUUUUUUCAAACUAAAAAUCUGGAUAAGAUGUUUACACUAUUAUAAUGAGUCGUGUUGUUUUUGUUUCCAGCAAUUCGAUUUUGUGAGGUACGUGAAUGAAGUGUUCAUGCUUCCUGAGAUCGGCAUCACGGACGUUACCGAAUAUGAAGUCGUCAUCAACCAGUCGCCACUCUACUUCCAGAGACUCAUGGGUCUCCUUGAGAAAACACCCAAGAGGUAAAAUUUGUAGUGGUUUUAUGAUUCUUUUUUCUAGCGCUUCUUGAUAAAACAUGAUGGAAAUACAGCAGAUUUCGUCACUUGUAACAAUCAAUACUAGUUAUAGCUCGCCAAACAUUGGCGACAGCAAUACCACAGCAAUACGUGAACUUGCCAUCUACUAAAAAUACUUGACAAAACAUGAACUCGAGUAAUGCACAUCUAAGAAUCCCAAAAUUUGCUACACCCCUCCCCCCCCUUAUGAUACGUAACUGCAUACUUUUCAUUUCACACCCAUGAAUUAUAUUAAAUAUUCUGAUGUCUCAACCACUUUUAAACAACCACUUUUAAACAGAAUAUUUAUUACGCUAUAUUUGAAUUGAGAUGACUUCAUUUUCCGAAAAGAAAAGAAAAUAUUACGCAACCAAAUGCAGUUGUGUUAUUGUUUUGAAAUAUCAUUUAGUGUAGUAGUCCUAGUUAUGGGGCAUAUAUUUUGCGCUAUCCAGAAAUGGAAGCAGACGUGUUACAAGCGUAAUCUGUAUUGGAGACUACUCAUGACCUAUUCCAAACAUUUAAUAAGAAGUUAAUGUUUAAAUUAUUUUAGGACAGUUGCCAAUUACCUUGUGUGGCGCCUUAUAGUCAACUUUAUUGGAACCCUGGGAGACAAGUACAAAGGCUUGAUGAACUCGUACAAAAAGGUAGCUUUGAACAGGUUUUUUUUUUUUUUUUUUUUUUUUUUUAAAGUUUUUUUUUUUAAAAAACUACGCUUAAUUGAAGUAUGUGGGCUAGAUAAAUAUUUCGAUAAGCUGAAAUCUUGAGUUUUAUUUAAAAAAAUUUCUGCUACAAGCAAUUUUUUUAAAGCCGAUUUUCUUGUUUUAAAAUUCCUAUCUAUUCACUUGCGCGGUCUCUUAGCUAAGGUAAGGAGAUGCUUAGAGCAAACUGGGUAAUUUACAGGAUUUAAGGAUAAAGCCUGAAUUUAGUUUAAUGUCAAUCUUUCACCAUAUUUAGAACAGCCGUUGUAUCUGAGUGUAUUUUUUUUUGUCCCCAUUUUAGACUCUCUACGGUACUGAAACAGAUCGCGCGAGGUUCAGAAGGUGUGGGGCUUACACAACCUCUGAAAUGAGUUUAGCCGUGGGUCGAAUGUUUAUCAAAGAUAAUUUUGAUACGGAUGCAAGAAACGUUGUAAGUUUUGAAAAUCAAGAAACUUUUGUUGGUUUUGAAGAAAAAAAAGUAAGAAAAAUUGAAAGUUUUUUGUUGUUUUUUUUAAAUCAAGAAAAAUUAUAAGUUUUAAAAGUCAAUAAAAAAAAAUUAUGAGUUUUGAAAAAGUAAGAAAAAUUGAAAGUUUUUUGUUGUUUUUUUUAAAUCAAGAAAAAUUAUAAGUUUUAAAAGUCAAUAAAAAAAAAUUAUGAGUUUUGAAAAAGUAAGAAAAAUUGAAAGUUUUUUGUUGUUUUUUUUAAAUCAAGAAAAAUUAUAAGUUUUAAAAGUCAAUAAAAAAAAAUUAUGAGUUUUGAAAAAGUAAGAAAAAUUGAAAGUUUUUUGUUGUUUUUUUUAAAUCAAGAAAAAUUAUAAGUUUUAAAAGUCAAUAAAAAAAAAUUAUGAGUUUUGAAAAAGUAAGAAAAAUUGAAAGUUUUUUGUUGUUUUUUUUAAAUCAAGAAAAAUUAUAAGUUUUAAAAGUCAAUAAAAAAAAAUUAUGAGUUUUGAAAAAGUAAGAAAAAUUGAAAGUUUUUUGUUGUUUUUUUUAAAUCAAGAAAAAUUAUAAGUUUUNUUUUUUUAAUUUUUUUUUUUUUUUUUUUUAAUUGGAACAAAUAAUUUUUUAAUAAAAAUGCAAACAUUUUUUUUUUUUUUAAAGAGGGACUUGAGAGAGUUGAAAUGUUUUGAAUUACUAAAACAUGUGUUCCAUGUAUUAUUAUUGUUUAUAAAAUUGAAUAACCCCCCGAAACAACAGAGUGGGUUGUGUAAUGUGUAGAUAUCCAGGAAGUGACCUAUUUCUAAAUAUCACAUUUGACAAUUACAGUCCCAUAUCAUGAUUGCUGGCCUACAGAAGUCGUUCAAUAGUCUGCUGGACGACCUUGACUGGAUGGAUGCUGAGACCAAGAAGGUGGCCAAAGAUAAGGUUAGACAUCGCUCCUGUCAUAUUGACCGUAAAAAAAAAAUACUUUCUCUCUCCUCGCAUUUCCAUCUUGUGGCGUGCUGUUUUUUUGGGUUGUUUUUUUUUUUUUUUACACACGUGACAUUUUAAGACUAAGUUUUUCUCGUACAGUUUUCACCUGGUUACUUUCUCUCUCCUCGCAUUUCCAUCUUGUGGCGUGCUGUUUUUUUGGGUUGUUUUUUUUUUUUUUUACACACGUGACAUUUUAAGACUGAGUCUUUCUCGUACAGUGUUCACCUGGUGAACGGCUGGAGAAAAAAAAUAAUCAACGGACACUCAAAUUAUAAUGGUUCACCGCGUCUCCUUCGCAGUUGAGUGAACAGAUAGGUAGGUGAGCUCCGAUCUACUUUUUAGUUUUAUUCCUAGGUAAACAUUAAUUUACUUUAAUUGGGAUUUUGUAAGCAUUCGACAUUUAUAAAUGUAAAUAAUUCUACUUUUGCCGAUACUUUAAAGAUAACAAUUUUAAUUCUAUAAUGAAGGAAAAAUAAUAGUGUUUACUUUCUAUCGCAUUUUAACUGUUUUUUUUUUAUAAAAGUUUGUUUCCCCUCUCUUUGUUUAUGUACGUUCGCCACACUGAUAUAUGAUACAUUUUUCCCUCAUUCCCUUUCUUUGUUUAUGUACAUUUGCGACACAGCUGUAUGACACAAUUUUCCCCUCUUCUUUUUUAUGUACGUUUGCAACACAGAUUUAUGACACAUUUUCCCCUUUCUUUGUUUAUGUACGUUCGCCAUACGUAUAUGACACAUUUUUCCCCCUCUCUCUCUCUCUCUUUAUGUACGUUCGCGACACAGCUAUAUGACACUUUUUUUCCUCUCUCUCGCUCUCUCUCUCUUUAUGUACGUUCGUGACACAGCUAUAGGACACAUUUUUUUUCCUCUCUCUCGCUCUCUCUCUCUCUUUAUGUACGUUCGCCACACAGCUAUAGGACACAUUUUCCCUCGCUUUUGUUUAUUUACGUUCGCCACACAGCUAUAUGACACAUUUUGUUCACUCUUCACCUGUUACUGCCCACCCCUCCCCUGGCAUUGAGUUGACCUCCAGUGAAUUAUGUUGACUACCCAUCUUAUCGAAAUAAAAUACCAGGCGUGGAACAAAACCAGCACCUACUGCCCUGUGGAGGGAUCCACAAAGGCUAGGGACCACCUCCCCCUCCCCAAAAUCCAAAUGCAGCCACCCUAGAUAUCGAGUGUUUUUCCUUCAGUGGCGUGACCAUCUGUAGACCCGUCUGUCUACGAGCAUUCAUAAGGUAGCCGUGGUUGCGCGGUGGCAGAGUGAUCUAAACAGCGGCAAAAGCCACAACAACAAAAACGUCCCCAGCACCCCGGGUGGAUGGCACUCGUUAACCUGGAGUAGGAGAUCGAACAACCCGGAGUUAGGGUUACGAUGGCUACUCUUCCUCACUUUAAACGAAAUACAUAUUAUAUAUAGUCAAGUUGAAAUUUGUCUUAGUCAUCUUCGCGUGGGACAACGAAGAACACAUAAAUACAAUAUAAGCGAUCUAUGUCUUUCAAAAGACCACUCCCUAGUCUUUCUCCCCCCCCCCCCGGGUGUUUUUGUUUGUUGUUUUUGUUUUUUUUUUUUUUUUGUUGUUGUUGUUGUUGUUUUGAAUGAGUCCAUUGAGAGACAUGUGUUUGUGAUCUUGGGAUGCUUAUUUCGUGAGAAAGGGGGGGGGGUGCGAAGGGAGCACUUGGCCAUAGCACCAGCACCAGAGUGCGCCACAAUCAUUAAGAUAUGAAUUUAUAGUAAAUUAAACGAUGAAAUGUCGUGUACUUAACAAGGCUCGCGAGGAGAUACUGAUCUUCAAUCGAGCGCCUCCCCCAUGUGGCGGAUAGAGGCAAGCCCACCAGAGAUGGUGUGUACAGGAGAAAUGAAAUACCCGAGGCGUACAAAAAUCAAAACCUACUGCCUUGUAGGAAGUGGAGGGAUCCACACAGGCUAAGGACCCGACCCACUACAAAGGGAGCUACCCUGAGAGCUGCAAGGGGCAUCCUUCGAGGCGGUUAUGCGCGGGGCUAACGACCCUGUCACGUAAAAAAUCAAAUGUUACGAAAUCUAAACCUCAUUCGAAAAAACAAACUGAUAAUUUUGGAUUUUGACCUAUGCCUGAACAAAAACAUGGGGGUUUGCGCGUGGGGGCAGAAAGCCAUCGAUCGAUCCGAAUGUAAGGGUGUGGUGAAACAGGCCAGGGCCCUACUUCGGCUGUAGCGCCACAGAUGAUGAUGUCUGAAUGGAAGGAUGUGGUGGAGCAGGCCAGGGCCCUACUUCGGCGAUUGUGCCAUUGAUAAUGAUGUCUGAAUGAAAGAAUGUGUGGAGCAGUCAAAGGCCCUACUUUGGCUUUAGUGCCACUGAUGAUGAUGAUUUACUUCACACGGAGCUCCAAAAUUUUCUUUUAACUUGUCCGCAACGGGCGGAACGUUUUUCCAUUUAAUGUAAGGGUGCCACUUCCAGGCUUUGCCUAGGGCGCUAUUUUUACUCGUCACGGCCCUGAUUACCACAUUGAUCUAACAUCACUGCCUCAUACAAAAGGCUAAAUUUUAUAUAGUUGAUUGUGUAUGUGCGUUUUUCUGUAUGAAAAAGUAAUCGAAUACAAAAGUUAAAUGGUUCAAUAUUUCACUAGCUUUCGCAUCGUUUGUUUUUUGUAUUUAGAUGUUCAACUCUUUGUUAUGCAGUGUUUUUUUAAAUUGAGCCGAUUAAAUAUUUUUUAAAAAAAAAUAAGUAUGAAAAUCUUUUAACAUCACGUAACAUAAAAAUAAUAACAUAUUCAUACUACACAAACACUAUUGUAACUUAUCACAGUAGGGCCUGAUGUAUGUCUAACAUAUUCAUACUACACAAACACUAUUGUAACUUACCACAGUACACAGUAGGGCCUGAUGUAUGUCUAACAUAUUCAUACUACACAAACACUAUUGUAACUUAUCACAGUAGGGCCUGAUGUAUGAGCCGUCUUAAAUUACAUUUUGUUUCAAAUAUGCACGUCAUGAAAUAUUUUUUAUCGAAGUGUAUCAAAAAGUUCCGCAUUUUUUUAAAUUUGACCCAGUUAAAACUCUGCUAACCUGUGGUAUGUACAGUUCAAACUCUGCUAACCUGGGGUAUGUUUAGCACAAACUCUGCUAACCUGGGGUAUGUUCAGCACAAACUCUGCUAACCUGGGGUAUGUUCAGCACAAACUCUGCUAACCUGGGGUAUGCUCAGUAACAAUCUGCUAACCUGGUUAUCACUGAAAAUACCUCAGCGAAUAUUUACUUGACAUUAAGCCCCAUCCACAGAGCUCAUUAUUGGCGUAGUUCAAGUGAAAGGCCACAAUUUUAGGCAGACUUAAAGCUCAUUAUUGGCGUAGUUCAAGUGAAAGGCCACAAUUUUAGGCAGACUUAAAGCUCAUUAUUGGCGUAGUUCAAGUGAAAGGCCACAAUUUUAGGCAGACUUGUAUUUGAUUUUUGUUUUGUUUUUAUAUCUGACAAUGUAUAAAUCUACAUCAUAACAGGCAGGCAAUAGAUUCGUUUGUUAGACAAUUACCAGUUAAAACAUGUUUCUUUCAGAAUGAAAAUAUCGCAUCGAAAAUUGGAUACCCGAAGGAGGUCAUGAAUGACACUUAUCUUGAGGAGUUCUAUACGAAUGUGAGUUCUCUUCCAGAAAAUAAAUAUAUCAUAUACUCAUAUAAAGACUAUAAAAUGUCAUCACCUGCUUAUAUAAGAAUAAUUUUAACUCUGUAAUUAAGAGCAGUUUUGUCUCUACAUCUUUUACAUUGAGUGUUUGAAAAGAGGUUUCAGAAAUUUCACCUUUUUUUAAACAUUUGAAAGAAUAAUGACUUGUAGUGCCCCAUGUUCAAUCCUAUAAUUUUGUGUUGUUGUUUUGUUGUUUUUUUUAAAUUAUUGUAUUAGUCACUUUUAUUUAAACUUACAUUGCGAUGGCAUCACCAGAUAAUUUUUAACCCGAUGACAAAUUGGCUUCCAUCUUUCAACUCUGGUGACGGGGGUUCUUUAGUUCUCAACUCCUCAAUUAGGAUUAGCUGCCCAACUGGCCGGAAGUCCACUCUGCGUAACCACCGCCACUGUUUUCGUAUUAUGGGGCAUGGAUGUCGUUAAUUUACUUUUUGUUUGUUCCCCUAACAGCUGACUUUCAACAAGGAUGAGUAUUUUGAAAAUGUUUUGAAGAAUGAAAGAGAAAGUUUCAACCAGCUCAUGCGGGACCUCAGGCAACCUGUCGACAAGGAAAAGUAAAGAUUUCUUUUAACCACUACAACUUAAUUAACCUUCUUCAACUUUAAUUACAGGCAUUUGGCCAAACUUUAUUUUCUGGUGCGAAGUGUCUACAUGUCCGGCGACCGGACGAAUAAUUCUCGGGAUAUUCGUCCGACGACCAGGUCACAUGACCGCCGUAACACGUGACCAUUGUCAUCAUAAAACUGGUUUCGGAGAUGCCUGGUGGGCUCAGAGUAUACCCUUCAUUUCAAGAAAUAUGUGGUUGGGGAGGGGGAGGCAAUGCAUACUAGAAGGAAGGAAUACUGAGAGCUAGAGAGAGAAGAUAAAAAUGAUGGUGAGGAUGAUGAAUAAGUAAGGCGGAGAGGUUGAAAGUUCACAAAGAAAUGGACCCUACGCCUACAUCUUAAUAUAGGACCAAUAAAAUGUGGUGUUGGGGUAGCCUAUUUCUCACGCAAUUAAUAUUGCGUGAGAAAAUAGCCUAAAAUAAAAUGUUUUUUGACAGUAGAUCUAUUGACUGGAAAGUACCCCUAUUGGUCUUAUCUUGUUUGGUUCAUAUUUUAAAUUUCGGCUCCUAGGUAGAGCUUUAUAAGAUAUUUAAACCAAGAUAGCUGACAUUUUUUUUUUUUUAUUUUGCCGGUGACCUCUUGUCACAUGACAUGUCUGCCGAAAUAAUAACGCUUACUAGUCGUCCGGCGGUCAUGUGAUAUGCCGGCUGGAAGAAUACCUCCCGCUCUAUUUGUCCGGUGGCCGGACGUGUAGACACUGCCUUGCUGGUACCAUCUGGGCUUUAAAAAUAUUACAUAGAAAUUUUAAAAUGAUUCUUUACUUUCAACAGACUAAACAGUUUCUUGUGGUAUUUUUAAAACUUUAAUUCAUUUAUUUAUCAUUUGUUACAUCAAUGAUUUAUAUUUUGUGUAUGUUAAAGGGACAUAGAGUAGAGACCAUGUGAAUGAAAUAUUAAGAACAGUAUAGGCCUAUAUAACAGCUUAUUAUAUGUAAAAGGAAAAUAGAGUAGAGACUGCGUUCAAGCCAUGAGAAUGAUAGAUUAAUUACAGCAUAUUUAUUAUAUAGUCUAGUCUGUAAUCAGUUACCAUGUAGGCUAUAUCAAAAAGCCACAGCCACAUUAAACCAUUGAUUAUAUUUAUAUGUUCCUUUCAAAUGAAAAAGUCCAUAUUAAUUAAUUUUUUUUUUUUUAAUAUAAGUUUCUGAUGAUUUUUAAAAUGAUUAUUUUCCCAGAUGGGACACACCACCUCCAACAGUAAAUGCAUACUACAGCGCAGUGAAGAAUCAGAUUUGUGAGUGAUUGUGUGUCCAAAAAAAAAUUAAAUAUCAUUAUUUGGAAUUAAGGGACCAAGCCAUGCCAUACGACUCUCAUCCACUUUAAAUAAUUAGGCCUACAUUGUUAAAGAUAUGAAGUCACAGAUUCCAUUUAUAAAACAACUGGCAGGAUAUCACAGAAUUUUGGGGACACAAUUAGACAAUUUUUUUAGAUCAAAUCUAGUAUGUUUUAUAAUAUUUAUUUAUUAGAUUAGUGGAUUCUUUGAAGUAAGCUCACAAACAUUCCCAUUUGAAUAUGUUUAUAGGAUUAUAACCUUAAAAAAGAAACUAAAUCAACAACAAAAAAAUGUUUAUUAUAAUACACACCUUAUGGGGAAUUAUCCACCUUAGUGGAAGUAUCUCUUUGACUAAUCAUUAAGUUUGACCCAUUUAGAUUUAUUUUCUAAUUGAUUUUUUAUUUGUCUUGUUUACAGUGUUUCCUGCUGGAAUUCUCCAACCUCCAUUUUUUAGCAAGACAUAUCCUAUGUAGGUUAACAUUUUGUUAGAAAUAUAUAUUCUAUGUAUGUUAACAAUAAUUAGUUUAAGGUUUAGUGAUGUUGUGCCUGCUAGUAGACUAGCUACAAAUCGAGAGUAUAGGUUAAAAAAAAACAUAUUGUGGCUUAAACCUGAAAUACAAUAUUCAACCCUAUAUAAUUUAACGCCACAUAAAACUUUCCAGCGCUGAUAUCAAAUUUAAUCUAAACACUGUGUCCACCAAUUUUACAACAUGUUAAAACCACCCUGCACUAUUUGGAAAUCAACAUUUAAAUCAAAACCAGUAACAAUUUUAAAUUUCACUAACCAUCAGACCCUUUUCUAAUGAAGUGCAUCACAUAUCAAAUGAUUAAACUACAAUCCGAAAUCCUCAGAAGUUCAGAAAAUUAUACAACAUGAACACAUUUCCUGCCAUUCUCAGGUCCUUAAACUUUGGAGGUAUAGGUGUGGUGAUCGGCCAUGAAAUCACUCAUGGUUUUGAUGACAGAGGUGAGGGAAACGCCCUCAACAAUUUGCAUGAAACAUAAAAUGAACAAAUGCUUUUUAUGAAGGGAUAGCGGGCCGCACUUUAAUUCAAAGCCGUAUAGCAAUUUUUAAACUGGCAACUAACCCAAUGAUCAAUAAAGGUCCCCUAAAUUUUAAAUAUUGUCCUAAUAUUUAAUUACUAACAAAUAGACAUGCAUGAAAAUACCCUUUCCAUAUUUCUCAUCAUUGUUAUCAAUUGAUAAUCAAGGUAUGGAUCACCUUUUUAUUGUAAGAUAAGCUUUUUUUUGACUUAAUAAUUAGUAUUUAAAAAAGUUUUAAUUUAAUUUUCAGGAUUAUUUAACUCAUUAAGAAGUUAAAUCAAAACAAUGGCUGUAUGACAGAAUCAAACUUUGUUUGUUUUAAUCAUUAAAAUGUAUCUUUAUUUGUGGGAUUUUAAGCAAAGGAAACCAGUGCUAAAAAAAAGUCCAAUGAAAUGCAAAGAAAUUGCAACAAUGCACUUACAUGUGCUUUUUGUAAACUGUCAUCAACUUUAAUGAUGACACAGUUUUGCUACCAAUCUAAAGAUUUAAAUUGUUGAAAAUCCACCUUUGAAUAAGUGGAAGCAGAGCAUUUCCUUUGAUCAACUCUUCACAGCAGCAACAGUGCUCUCUAAUCUCACCAUUCCAUGACUAGAAUUCUGAUAAGUGUUACUCAGUUUCACCAUAUAAGUCUUUAUAAAGUCUUUACAUAUUUUUAAAACCCUUCCAGGUCCUACAGAUGCAGAUCAUGGUUUAAUUUAUCCACCACACUUGCUUAUAAUGCUUGAUAUCUUAUACAAGUAAUGGUUCUAUCCUUUGAAAUUUAGGCCCAAACACACACACAAAAUUACUGUGAUUUCCUAUGACCCCACUCAUAAAUAUUAAGAUUACUUUGUUUUGUUGUUGUUUUUUUUAACAUUUCAAUUUAAGAACAUGCAAUCCUAUCUAAACCGUACUGAAAAAAAAAAAUGUGUGUUUUUUAAAUUUGAUAGACACAUUUUAUUGAAGAUUUUUAUUUCCACUUGUGCUCCAAUUUAAGUGUCAUUAUCAAUUUCAUCCUAAUUUGACCACAUUUAGAUAAUUAAGCUAUAUGUAAUUAAUAAAUUAACAUUAAGUUCAUUAAACUGUAAUUUAUGGCUAUUUGCUUUAUUAAUAGUUUUAUGCACAUUAAUCAAGCUCUUCUUCAUCUCUAUGUGUGCAUUCUUCAGCUUAAAUUGUCAACAAAUUUAACUUGAAAAGUGUAUUUAAAGGGUUGACUAACAUAAUAAGUGUAUUCCCACUAAAAUAUUGUCCCAUGUUUAUCUAAACAAAUACACUCUUCCUGCAAUAACUUGUAGGUCUUUCAACUAUGGCGGCAUCGGAUAUUUUAUAGGACAUGAGAUCACCCACGGAUUUGAUGACAAUGGUAAAGUCAGCUUCUCCCCCUUGUCAAUAUACCUGCACAAAAUCUUGUACCUUGCACAAUUUUUUUAUUGAUGAAGCAAUUUAUUCAGUUUUAUCGUAAUCCAUUAAAAAUUAUUAAAAAUGCAAAGAUUUUAAACAAACUGCUGAUCAAAUGAGCCAAAAUUCUUUAUAUAAUUUCUGGCUAAAAAAUAAAGUGCAUUUUUAUAUUAAAUUUUUAAAAUCAAAAUCUAUCUGACAUAUUAAGAGUUUUCAUUUACAAACUUGAUUUUCAUUAUAUUUCCGAGCGAUAAUAAAAGAUUUUCUUAGCCAAUAGCUUUUUUGUUUGUAUGUUUGUUUUUUUGUUGUUGUUUUCUUCUAGUGGGCUGCUUUAUUAAUUAUUAUCAUUAUUAUUAUUUUUAAUAAACUAAUAAUUAACAUCUUCUACUUCCAUUCCUUGAAAAGUCUCUUUUCGGUUAUUUCAUGUUAACCUAUAUUGUGUGUUCUUCUUCAUUAAAUGGUUGUUUUUUUUUCCAUUGGCAAUGUUUUUUUUAAAUAUGCUUUAUUUAUUUGUUUUAUUUAUUUUUUAGCACUUUAGCAGUACACAAAUUUCUUCCUUAAAUAAAUUUGUACACAUUUAACUAGAUCUCAUUGUUUUGCUAUUAGAAUGAAGGGGAAGGCAUUUAAGGAAAAACAUAUAUCAAGCUUUUAGAUUAUCUAUGAAUGUUGCAAAAUUAAUAUAGGAUAUGCUUGCUAAAUAGAUUUUUUUUAUCUUUAAACAUUUUUGCCAAGCCUAUUCUUAACUUUAUUUUGUAGCCCAUACAGUUGUGCUUGCCACUAACCUCUUAGUGCAUGACCUGAUGUAAAAUUAAUUUUAUCAUUUUCUGACUAGAGAUUGUUUCAUUUCUUUCUGAAAUUCAUUUGAAAUUACCAUAUUUCAUUGAUAGUCCUUUUUAAUUAUUUCAUUAUGAUCCAAGGUAGAUCAGUCAGAAAUAGUUCUAAAUAUAAGUAAUCGUAUCUUGUUAUCUUAGUAGUAAACAAUUCAUUCAUUGAUGUCCUAUGACAACUAAACAAAUAUAUGCGCGGGUUCAGUAAAGUCACUGUUGUUUCUGAUUUUUAUCUGAUACUUUUUAAGCCUCUAAACUCUAAAAUUAUAUUAAUUUGAUUGUCUCGAUUUUAAAUAUUCAAGUACAAUGGCAAUGGUGGUCACUUUUUCAUCCCUCUGUUUUUAUCGUAAUAAGUUAAUUUUAAACAUUAUAUACUUCCAGUUUAUGAAAUGAAUCCCUUUCAGGGCGACAGUAUGACAAGAAUGGUAACCUAGCCCAGUGGUGGCCACAGACAGCAGUGGACAAUUUCAAGAUUAAGGCCCAAUGUAUCAUCGAUCAGUAUGGAAACUUUACUGUGUCCCAGAUUAACCAAAAAGUAGGCUGGGCCUUCUCUCAGACCUGUUUGUACUCAAUCUAUUAAUAAUUUAAUACCAUUCUUGUUAUCAAUACCACUCUGUUAAUUAUACAGCUACAAUAGCAACUUUCAUCUCUACAUCAUAAGUAAUAUACCUACAAUUUCAUUGCUAUAACAUCUAAAAAUGACUAUGUCAUCAUCUACUACAACAUCUUCGAACUAACUACUAUAUCACCUGAUGUUAGCCCUUGCCAAUUUCAGCUCAAUGGUAUUAACACACAGGGAGAAAAUAUUGCUGACAAUGGUGGACUCAAGCAAGCCUACAAGGUCAGUGCAAUUUUUGACAAGCCGAGGAAACAGUUUAUGAAGCUUUGGAAAAAUGUGCAGCACAAAAGACACACAAACAUCUUUUAGCAUAUUUAUGACACCAAAAAAUAGAUCAGCGUAUUUUCUGGAGAUUAAUGCAACCCCCUUGAUACCCCUUCCACUAAUGCCCCUCCUAUAGUGCCUUUAUCCCAAAGCAUCUACCAAAACAGAACCAACAUUACAUUUCCCUUUUUCCAUAAUUUGACCUUUACCUCUAUCCCUAAUUGAAAACUUAUAUAAGUUGUAUUUUAAAUUUGCAGGCCUACAGAAACUGGGUCAGUUUACAAGGGAAGGAAGAAUCACUCUUACCUGGCCUGAAUUUUACUCAUGAUCAACUUUUCUUUAUCAACUUUGCUCAGGUGAGACAAGAUUUAAAAUUUGUGCAAACUUUAUUGAAUUUUUUCCUUUUCUAGGUGGGAGACAUAAGUGCUGAUUCAACAUCGAUAAAGUGACAACUAAUUUUUAAGGUUUGCUAAAACAUCCACAAUAACUUUACGUCAAUAAUACUGUCAAUUUGGUUAAUUUUAGAUUUACAGACUUUUAAGGCUUGGAUAAUGAACAAAUAGUCUCAAUUUAAAAGACUUCUGUUUAUUUGUAAAAUAAUAAGCUCUCAUGAAGUACCUGUUAUUCAUUGAUGCAGUCUGAAGGAAUAGCAUGAAUUAAAAAUUACUUCUCCUUUCCAGUUGUGGUGUAAUUUAAUGACAGACGGUGAGGCCCUGAACAGAAUAAGAACAGGUGUGCACAGUCCUGGGGAAUUCAGGUAUUGCUUCUGGUAUUUCUGGAACUUAUUUCUAUAUCAAAAAAAUGGAGGAAUGAUUUGAACAUAUUGGUAUAGAUAUAUAAAAUAAUCAAAUAUUUUUAUCACACUGUUUCUUAUUGAAUAAAUAUAGUAAAAUGUGGUUAAAAAAUUGAUGAGUUUUCAUGCAUCCAUCAGUUUUAAGCCCAAAAUUAAAAACACACAUUCCAUAGUCAUAAAAGUUUUCAGUAGCGGAAUUGGAAUCUAGAAAAAGUUUUAUCAGUACAAGUACAAUUACAAAUUGAAUCAAAGUGUUUGGUUUUUUUUGUUGUUGUUUUUUUUUUUCAGUUAUUUCUUCCUCCUCUAUUAAUAAAUAUAGAAUCAGUUUUAUCCUCUUUAAAAAUAAUUAUCUUCACUUCUUCCCUAACAGAGUUAUUGGGUCUGCUCAAAAUUCACCAGAUUUUGCCAAAGCCUUCAACUGUCCAAGUGACUCUUACAUGAAUCCAAAGAAUAAAUGCCGUGUUUGGUAAAGAAUCAUAAGACCAUAUGUGAUUUUGUAAAAAAAUAUAUAAAUAAAUAAUGAUGAUUAUUAAAUCCACAAGAUAUCUGCCUUAAAAGAAAUCCCGGUUUUUAUUCAAAUUUCGUGACAAUCCACUCCUUUUCUGUAAACAAGUAGCAAGUGACCAAAACAGAUUCACUAUGUGGUUUCUUCACGCUGAAAAACAAAUAUCUAAAGUCUAAUUUUAGUGCAAGGGGAGAAAUCUCUACAAUAUGACAUAUUUUUUUUAAUAAAAAUUAGUAAUCUCCCUUUUAUUAAUUUUUUUUUUUUUUUUUUUUUUUUAAUCCACUGAAAUAAUUUUUUUAAACAAUUCUAUAAAGUAAGUAUACAUCGAUAGCCUCCAAUAUGAAUUUUUUUUUUCAUUCAAAUGAUCAAUUAAGUAUUAUUUUUUUUAUUUUAAGUUUGAAUUUCGUUUAAAAUAUAAACUUUAAGAAAUGUUGAAAAAGAAGAGGGUGGGGAUGUGUCUCUGAGAUACCUGAAAUUCAAAACUUUUUGAUAACACUUUUUUUUUUAUCUCCUUGUUGAAGUCUGUUCAUUACUAUGAUGUAUUCAAAUAAUAUAAACCAUGGAUAAAAUAAGACGUAUGUGCAUGCUAUUUAACAAAGAGAGAUGUAUCCAGUUGUUUUAAUAUUUAUAUGCACUGAAGUUUAUGCUGCAAAAGUAGCAGUUUUAAAAUGUGACUUAAAUUCUACUGACAGAGCUGCUUGGGAUUUUUUUUAAUACUUUAUAAGUUUUUGAGGAACAACACCACUUGCCCCCCUUUGGGAAGAAUUGAUGAGGACAUGACUCUGUCACGACAAUUUUUCUAGUGUGAAACAAGGGGUAGUGUUAAUAUUUAAGGGCAACCAAGGUGAUUUUACUGUUUAGGGCAUUUCAGUGGUUUGGGCCCAGUGGUCGAAAACAUGUUUUUGAUAUAGGCCUACAUACACUUAUUUUUCUGUCAGCCAAAUAAAUUUUAAACUGGAUAUCAGAGGUUUAACCAAUCCCACACCUUUACUCUUCUUUAGUAGGUCAUUAGCUAUGCAGGAUCAUUAACGUGACAGAACCGAAAGACGUUACAUUAGCAUCCAAUAAAAAAUUUAAAAAACAGUCUUAUCUUAUUUGGCAAGGUGAAAUAUAUAAAACAAAACACUAUCCUCUUGAUAAUUUUUCUUACUGUUGAUGCUUUCAAGUUCAGUAAACGUCUUCAAGUUAACAUUUCGAACAACAAAUAAACAUUUCCAUAGGAUACUUAAAUUUUUUAAAAUAAAAAUAAAACUGUUUGUUACACGGAACCAGUCACAUUUUUAAGCUGUUGUUAUUUGCCAAAAAGUAAUCCUCCCUUAGUGGGGAUUGAUCAAAGUGUAAAUUACCAUCAUUUUCAUUCAAUAUAUUUUGUGGUACUGAACCUGCAACACGUUUUCGUUUGUUUCUUAGAAUUAUUUUCAAGAAUUUUGGUUUUCCAUAAAUUUUUUGAUAAUUAAUUUUACUCUGCUUUGUGUGUUCAUGAAAUAACGUCUUUUUUUUUGUGUAUUCAUGGAUUACCAUCAUUAAAAACUAUAAUUAGUUCAUAAAUCCUUAUAUAAAUAUUGAGGACUGCAUUGAAAAUAGUUUUUGUACAUACACUAACUUUGAUGUGAGAACAAUUUUUUUAUAAUUAAACUGAUUUUGCGUAUAUUAUAUUUUGUCUCUCAUUUCUUUAAUGCUUGUCAAAUUAACUCAACAGUGUAUUUAAAAAAUAAAAUGUACCACUUAAGUUAUGCAAAGUGACCUUUGCUUUUGAUUUUUUAAAAAAGGGCCAUUAUAAGGUAAAUUACCAGAUGAUUGAACCUCAACUCACUGAUUGUUUCUCAAAUCAUUCUGAGGUGUAGGCUAUAUCAAAAUAAAACAGAAACCUAUUGAAGCCUGUGUUAUAGGAUAAAAUAAGAUUUCAUUUUUUUUUCAUAGCAAACAGAGAAAAAAAAUCUAUUAAUGAUUAUAAUUAAUAAUCGCUAGUUACUGUUUGAAAACAAAACUAAGUUUCAAAAAUGUUUAUAUAUCAAUGAAGUAUGGACGUUUCUUCAAAUCUGCUAAACAAGACAUCUUUUGUAUAUUUAAAAUUAAGAAAAGAUAACUUAAAUUCGGUAUAAUAAUUUAUUGAACAUAUUAUAUAGCCCAUAAAUAUAAGUUACAUAUUUUUCCAUUUAAGAGAGAGCUAAAAAAAAUAUCCAAAUUGAAAAAAAAAAGGUGUUAAAAAAUUAAUUGCUUGCUGUCGUAGGUCAUAUGUUAAAAUAUGAAUGUGAAAAUAUACUUGCAGGACUCUAUUCAUUUUACCAACCAACUUAACAUCUUUAAUAAUGUUGAAUAAACAAACAUGUAUUUAUAAGCUUACAGACUUUUGAAUCAAUCAACCUGCCUAAGUCAUGACCCCCCCCCCCUGCUCACAAUACAAUCACAUUAUGUAUCAUGCGUCCAAUUCAGCGCUUUGAUAACAGAGAAAAAUGUUUUAACAAAUUUUCUUUUCUUCAUUUUACCAAACAACUUAACAUCUUUAAUAAUGUUGAAUAAACAAACAUGUAUUUAUAAGCUUACAGACUUUUGAAUCAAUCAACCUGCCUAAGUCAUGACCCCCCCCCCCCUGCUCACAAUACAAUCACAUUAUGUAUCAUGCGUCCAAUUCAGCGCUUUGAUAACAGAGAAAAAUGUUUUAACAAAUUUUCUUUUCUUUAUUUUUAAUAAAGAAUUUGAAUUGUAAAACUUA